GUAAAAGUUGGGAAAGACGAAAAUGGCUGGGAAUAAGCAAAGCCCCAUGCUGACUAUAAAAAGCCAAUCUACUGAUUUUAUUCUGCAGUCAGAUUCAGUUUGCCCACUGGACAACAGCUCCCUCCGCCAUCUACCAUGAAUUUCACUACCUUGAUUGAAAGCAGAGUUGCGUGCCUGCUAUUGCUUCAAUUCGCGAUCUGUUGCGCCGGACCGAUUGCAGUGAAGUCACGGAAUCUCGUGAUUCCUCGAGUCACUCGCAGCGAUCCCAGUCUAGCACAAGAUUACCAGCAGUUUUUAGCCGACAAUGGAGCGGAUCUGGCAACAACGACCGUCGACCCUUUCGUCCCGACAACUGAAGGCUUACUUGUAGCAGACGUUAUCAACGCGGAUUUAAUACGGAUUGAAGAUCAGAUCAAUCCGUUCAUUCUAGCUACUGAUCAGAAAGAAGAGCCAGUCGCUUCGGAUGCUAUCCCAACUGAUUUUGCAUCUUUUGUUGACUUUCAGGAUACCGUCGAAACCGUUUCACACGACGGCCAAUCUGCACCUGUGGAGGAAGAUCCUACUGUUGAUUCCAGGAUUACGUCUGCGAUAAAUGCUGAAGCACCUGCUAUCGACGUUUCUCAGUCUGUUUUAUCAUCCGAUCCAGUGGAUUUCCUUCCGAUUCUUUCGCCAUCGGUAGAACCUGCUUCACCAGUCGAACCCAUCUUCAUUGCUCAUGUGUUACCUCUUGAACCUGUUGUAUCUUCUCCGGAGAAAGUAGAAAUCAGUUCACCAAAUCGAGGUUAUCCACCAGUGAUGGAUGAAGCUUUCAACGAGUCGGAUGAUGCUCUUCUGCAACCGUAUUAUCCAAGUUCGGGGAAAGUGGAAUUGAGGGAUUACUUCCCUAACCGCCCCUUUGGAUCUCUUCCUAAGCCAAGAGAGCUGGGCUUCCCUCCCGUGUCCAACACGCGUGAAAACGUAAUGCGUGACGUCAAUUGGCAGGCUAAAAUCGGACGAGCUUAUCGUUCGAGCUGAUUCUGAAACUUCCCCUUUGUUGAAUACCGUUUAUAGCGCUUUUAUUUUCUUUCAUAGUGGUGAUGAUACAAUAAUAGUCAUAAAUUUUGAAACUGAA